AUGGCGGCCGCGCGUAACCAACCAACCUACGACUUCCUCACCGGCGCAUCCUCACCACCGCCCGCGCCCACCUUCCGCGACUCGCUCCGCGCACCCUCCGCCGUCCGUUCCGACGCCUCGAACGAGCCACUACGCGCCCAGCUCCGAACACUCCAGUACGAACUCGACUCGCUAAAACAAGACCGCGACCUCACAGCCCUCCAGCACCAAAAGGAGCUCCGCGACGUGCAAACAAAAGCCGAGGCGGACUUCCGACGCGCGCAGCUCGCGGAAGCUAGCAGCCAUGCCGCAGUCGCCAAGUACGAUGCGCUGGCGCGCGAGCUGCAGGAAACGCAGGAUCGGUGUGCGAAUGAGCGGCUGGAGCUGGAGCGGAGGGGAAGGACGCUGCAGGAGGAGAAUAGAGCGCUGAGGGAGGAGGUGGAGGAUGUGAGGAGUGAGCUGCUGGCGCAGGAGAGGGGGAGCAAGAGGAGGGUCGAGGAGCUGGAGACGAGGCAUACGGCGUUGCAGGCGAGCUUUGAGGCGAUGAAGGAGGAUUCAGAGGGGAAGGUUGAGGCGCUGGCUGAGACGCAGCAGAGGUUGGUGCAGAGGGAAGCGGAGAAUGCGCAGUUGGAGAGCGAGGUCUUGAGGCUUAAGGCGCAGGAUGGAGAGUCGGAAACGCUAGCGGUUGUUAAGAGGCAGCUGUCGGAGCAGGUGGCGCACAUUAGGAAGCUGGAAUCAACGAACAGGGAGCAGAUUGCGGAGCUUAGGCAGUACCGCAAGAGCCAGAAGAGUAUAGAAGUUGUCGAGGAGGAGAAGAGGGUCUUGGAGAGUAGAGUCCGGAUGAUGGACGAUCUGCGGAAACAGCUGAGCGAAGCACAGCUGCAGAGGCAGAUUCUCGAAGACGAGCGUAAAUCGUGGACCACAUAUCUGCAGACCGAAUCAUCGGCAGAGGGAGAACUGCAUUUCGAGUCCCCUGAGGAAUUGGCAAGGGCUUUCAUCCAAGAGCGUUUAGAGACCGCUUCAUUGCUUGAACGGUUAGGGGCGCUGCAGCCGGAGCUGAGCGUCAAAGACGACAAUAUCCAGACAUUGGAGGAUGAAAAGGCUAAACUACAGGCCGAACUAGAGAAGCUCCGCUCUACGGGAGGCGGCGCCGACAGCAAAGUGCGGGCAAGACUGGAACGGCAGAGGGCUCUAGCGGUCAAGGAAGUCGAGUACCUCCGGGAGCAACUCAAGAUCUUCGACACCGAAGAGAGCGAGUUCAAGCCUGAAAGCUUCGACGAGCAAAAGUCUGCGCGCAUCCGGGAGUUGGAAGACAUGGUCGACGCCUAUCGCAAAGAAGUCCAGACUUUGCAAUCCGAGCUCUCCACCGUCACAGAAGAGCUCGCGAAGAAGCAGCAGCAAGACCCAACCACCACAGGCAGCAAGCGCCGCCGCGAUUCCGACUCCGAUACUAACGAGCGGCUGGGCGAGCUACGCCGCAAGAACCGCCAGCUUCAAGACACCAUCUCCGCGCUACAGACGCGCAACGCCCUCCUCGAUAAAGAGCUCGCAGCCCUCCAAUCCCAGCUCUCAUCUCUGAAAUCCGCCUCCCGCACCCGCAUCCUCGAACUCCGCUCCAACCCCACCGCCAACGCCGAGGCACUCAAGGCGAGCACGCUCAAUGCCCUCCGGGAGGAAAACAGAGCGCUCCUCUCGCAGCUCGAGAACCGCCACUCUGGCCAACCAGACGACACCCCCCUCGUCCCCGCCGCAACCCUCACCGUCCUCCGCAACGAGCUCUCCGCCAUGGCCCUCGAAGUCGCCUCCAAAGAAAAACGCAUGCUGCGCCUCAAGCAGAUCUGGUCUGCCAAGUCCGCCGAGUUUCGCGAGGCUGUGGCGUCCAUACUCGGCUACAAGAUGGACUUUAUGCCGAACGGGCGGGUGCGCGUGACCAGUGUGUUCUAUCCGGGCGAGGAGGAGGGCGAGAACAGCAUCGUGUUUGAUGGCGAGAACGGCACGAUGAAGGUGUCGGGAGGGCCGAAGAGCGAGUUUGCGGGCGAGAUCAGGGAACUCAUCGAGUUCUGGGUCGAGGGGCGGAAGGAUAUUCCGUGCUUCUUGGCGGCGAUGACGUUGGAGUUUUAUGAGAGGUUUACGAGGGUACCGAAGGGGUAA